GGAGACCAAGAGAAACUCCUACCAACUGGGAUGGUCUUCAUCUAAAGCAAGCAAACCAAUCCCUUGCUCUUGUAUCCCAUAUUCUUCUGGAGAGAGAGAGGAACAGCACAGAAAUAAGGAAGAUGCAUCUGUUGCUGUUACUGUUUGCCUGCACGUGGUCUGCUGUAGCUCCCCAGCACCGCUUAGUGGAGGAUAUCUGCACUGCCAAGCCACGAGAUAUCCCAGUAAACCCCAUCUGCAUCUACCGUAACCCAGAGAAGAAACCACAAGAAGGUGUGAGUGUAGGGCCUGAAGAGGAGAAAAUCCCUGACUUUACCAACCCUCGUGUCUGGGAGCUGUCCAGGGCCAAUUCCCGCUUUGCUGCUCUCUUUUACAAGCACUUAGCUGACUCAAAGAACGACAAUGAGAACAUCUUUAUGUCCCCUCUCAGCAUCUCCACAGCCUUUGCCAUGACCAAGCUUGGGGCCUGCGGCAGCACCCUUGAACAACUCAUGAAGGUUUUCCAAUUUGACACUAUUUCAGAGAAGACAUCAGAUCAAGUCCAUUUCUUUUUUGCCAAACUGAACUGUCGGCUGUACAAGAAAGCCAACAAAUCCUCAGAGUUGGUGUCAGCCAACCGCCUGUUUGGAGAGAAGUCCCUGGUCUUCAACGAGACCUACCAGAAUAUCAGUGAGGUGGUUUAUGGAGCCAAACUGUGGCCUUUGAACUUCAAAGAGAAGCCAGAACUGUCCAGGAGUCUCAUUAAUGAGUGGAUUGCAAAUAAAACAGAGAGGCGCAUCACAGACGUGAUCCCAGAAGGAGCCAUUAACGAUCAGACUGUUCUGGUGCUGGUCAAUACCAUUUACUUUAAGGGCCACUGGAAAUCAAAGUUCCGUUCUGAAAACACUAAACUGGAGAAGUUCUUCAGAGCCACUGCCGAGCCUUGCUUUGUGCCUUCCAUGUUCCAGGAAGCCACGUUUCACUAUGCUUCUAUCCCAAGCUCCAAAGUACAGGUGCUGGAGCUCCCAUACAAAGGAGAAGAUAUUACCAUGGUGCUGAUUCUUCCCUUUAAGGAUACUCCUCUCGUCAAUGUGGAGAGGGAGCUGACAUCUGACAGCUUGCAAGGCUGGCUGAAUUCCCUCCAUGAGGUCACCCUGUCAGUGUACGUGCCCCGUUUCCGGAUAGAGGACAGCUUCAGCGUAAAGGAAAAACUUCAACAAAUGGGCCUGGAGGAUCUCUUCAGCCCGCAAGAUGCCAGAUUGCCAGGUAUAGUUUCUGGGGGCCGUGAUGACCUUUAUGUCUCUGAUGCUUUCCACAAAGCUUUCUUAGAGGUGAACGAGGAAGGCAGUGAGGCAGCAGCUGCCACAACAGUUGUGGUGAUGGGCCGUUCGUUUCCAAUGCCCAAAGUAGUCUUCAACGCCAACAGGCCCUUCCUAGUGCUCAUAAGGGAAGUUGCCAUCAACGCCAUCCUCUUCAUGGGCAGAGUCACCAACCCUUGUCCUUAAAUUUCUUCUGUUGUCUGGUGGUCCUGCCUCUUCUUCUUCAACUCCACUCGGGCAUGUAGCUAAUAAAAUGCUGUCUUCCCUA